UUCUCUUCACAAAUCUUGUUCAAGUACACAAAGUCUCGUCAGGUUCUCAACAUAGAAACCUUCCUUCUUUUAACUAUCUCUUUUACUACUGGGCUAUUCAACAUGAUGACCAUCCUAAACUCUGUGUUAGCUGGUUGCGCUCUGGCUUCCUUGGCAUUUGCUAAUCCCAUCAUUCCGGAGAAUGUUGCUAUGGGCGCCCGAGAAGUCGCAGCUACGAAUGGAAUGAUCUAUGUUGGCCCCAUUACCCCUGGCGGAGAGAACGUCACUUUGAAUGGAUCAGUCGAGGAGAUACAUGAGCAAAUUAUGGUUUUGAAUCCAGCCUUUAAUCCGGAUGACUUUGAAGUGGUCCGAAAAUUCAAAGCUUCGGGGCUAUCAAGACGAACCAUUAACUAUGGCUGCUGCGGCCCAAACCCUGGCUGCACACCAGCCCCAUAUGAUUCCUGGGCCACCUACUCCCAGACAACUAAAACCGAAAUCAACAAUCCAUUCGCGGGUGUCGACUACCUGUACAACCUCCCAGGCGACUGUAAUACCGGCCCAGGCGGUGUAGCACGCGUGUCUUGCAGCUACAACGACGCAAUAUUCUUCGUCAACACAGUACAAGCCACCAAGUACGCAUCUUGCCAGUAUAUUGGGCAGGUUGCUCAAAACAUUAUAGCUGGUUGUGGCCAUGAGUGGUGGGAAGGUAUUGUUCAUCAUUGGGAUGUUAAUGGAAAGGAAUGUGACGAACAAGGUUACUGCAUCAUCGUCGCUGGUAGUAAUUGUUGAUUCAUCACGGGCACAUCGUGAUCUGCACCAGGGAAGAGUUCGGAGGGAAGAGAUUGAAGUAGAAGGCAACAAGUGCGCCUAAGAAGGGACAACCUACCGUGUUGAUAAAGGUGAAGAAGGAAGGACCAAUUUUUAGGGGUUUACUUUAUUAUAUAGGUGACACUUUUUAUAUAACGUGGUUUAUCACCGAGUGGCGCAUAUUACCGUGCAACGCACUUCCCCAUCACCUCAUCACUACGAAAUAUGACUAGUCAACCAUAACACAUUAUAUUCAUUAAAACUACUCGGAU